AUGUCUUCAUAUUUUAUGAAAACAAUGAUAGGAAAUAAAUUUGAUAAAGUGAUAAAAGACCUAACUGCCGAUGAAAGUGUCGAUGAAGAGAAGGAAGAUACUGGCAUUUCUGGCGAAGAUCUGCUUGCUGAGCAAAAGAGACAAGAAGCUAUGGAAAAAGAACGAAAAGCAAGACAAGCUAAGACGGAACAAGACCGUGAAGAAGCAAGACAGAAAAUUCGUGAUAAAUAUAAUAUCAAGAAGAAAGAUGAGCUCUCCACUUUAGCUCAUGGUAAAACGACGACAACGACGACGACAACAUUGAAUGAAAACCAAACAAGAGAAGUGCAUCAAGCAUCAAAUAUAGAAAAUCAAGGUUUCGAUCCAGUGAAAACGACGACAAAUGUAUUUGAUAGUUUAAAGAAAAAAAUCGGAUGGAAAUAA